AUUGCAGAAUCAAAAAGAGGAACGUCGAAGAUCGAGUUGAUGAAAAAAGAAGGAGCGCCAUUAGGACUAAUUAUUACUGGUGGAAUCGACAAGGACUCCCGACCGAAGAUAAGCAACAUUAGACCUGGAACUGUUGCCCAGAGGAGUGACGCCCUAGCGGUUGGAGACUACCUGAUUUCUGUGAACGGGAUUCGGACCAGUAGCCUUCGUCAUGACGAGAUUGUUAACUUACUCAUGAGCACUGGGGAAAAGGUGACUCUUGAGGUGGAAUAUGAAAUCCCGGUUUCAAAAGAAGGGUCUAUGUGUGUACGUUCAAAAGUAAUUCAAGUAACUUUGGAGAAAGACAAUGGCAGUUUCGGGUUUACACUACGAGGUGGAGCUUGUCCAGAUAGACUUAAAUCCAGACCUCUUACUGUCACCCACGUGCGACCAGGUGGUUCUACGGACAGGGAAGGAACAAUCAAAGCUGGAGACCGUUUAUUAGCAGUGGAAAACAUUAACCUGGGUAAUGCUUCUCUGCAGGACACCUUGGCAGUAUUAAAACAGCUGGAAGGGAGGGCUUUGUUUACCGUCGAGUACGACGUAUCCAUGAUGGGUAAGCCCAUUAUAUUAUGUGGAGCACUUCAUGUGGGAGACCACAUACUAGCCAUUGAUGGCACAAGGCUUGACCAGAUGACAGUUUCCGAAGCUUCCCAAGUUUUGAAAAUGUCUCUUAAUGAAGUAAUCAGAUUGGAAGUCUUACCAGUCAGUCAGAUGUUCAGUCACAGAGUUCCUGGAACUAAAAUCAAUAAAGGUUUCUUGCCUUCCUCUGAUGUGGCACAGUUUAGUUCCAGUUUUAGCUACAACACCCCAUUUUCUUUUGGAAGUCAGUCAUCAUUCUCAUAUAGACUGCCACUUCUUCCUCUUCCACAACCAUCAUCACAUGGAAGAUGGGAUCGAAAUGUGGAUCAAAGGAGAUUUUUAACAAAAUCUAUACCACCCUGCUCUUCAAGUGCUCUGUUACCAUCAAGUGCAUCAACGUGGGUACCACCCACUGGUCGGCUGGGUUAUAUUGAUGUGGCUGCAGUCACGGUCCAUGCCGAUCACCGAGGGUUCGGAUUUGCCCUCCAAGCACCAACUUGUACAUCAAAAGUGCUCUCUGCUCCUCCAUUCAUUUCUGACCUGGAUCCCGGAGGCCCUGCUGAAAGGACGGGCGUUCUUCAUGUUGGAGAUAAGGUGUUAGCAGUAAACACUCACUCCACCCUCGGACUGACCCUCGAAGAAGUCAUGCAGUUACUCCAAAGAUCCCACCCUCGGGUCACACUCAACAUUGAGUUUGAUAUAACGGAAACGGUGGUGCCAAGUAGUGGAACGUUCACUGUCAAACUGGCGAAAACUGGUGGUGGUUUAGGCAUAACAAUCACAGCUCCUAAAAACCGACAACAAGGAGAUCCCCUGAUCAUUUCAGACAUCAAGAAAGGAAGUGUGGCUCAUCGAACAGGAACUCUUCAACCAGGAGACAAACUGUUAGCCAUAGAUUCGGUGAGGAUGGACAACUGUACCAUCGAAGAUGCUGCCGAAAUUUUACAGUCCUCUGACCAGAUUGUAAAACUGAGAAUUCGCAAAGAUGAAACUUUCUGUGAAGAACCGGAUGCAUCUGGUUGCAUUGUCUAUACGGUGGAGUUGGCACGUCAUGGAGGACCACUUGGUAUAACCAUCUCCGGAUCUGAAGAACGUUUUCAACCAAUUCUCAUUUCUGGCCUUACAGAUGGUGGAUUAGCUGAAAGGUAA